AUGUUGGCCUGCAUCGGCUGUAAGCGGAAGAAGCUGAAGUGCGACGGACAAAGUCCCAAGUGCCAGAACUGCGUGAGGACUGGACGAGACUGCCUCGUGGAAGACCCCGGCACCGGGUUACAUCGCCCGCGCGACUACAUGAAGUCGUUGGAGGCUCGGGUUGCCUAUCUCGAAGGUCUAUUACAGCAGGCCCGUCCCGAAGUCGCCCUCGAUCACUUCGGUGCCAACAACGAGGGUGGUGGUCGUGGUCGUGAAGCGGAACAGCACGCCGCCGCCGCCGCCUCUUCGCACGGCGGCCCUACGCAGGCAAUGUCCAUCAUGCACAUGCCGUCUGCUCUCGCCCCGAACCUCCAGGGCCACCACUCGUCAUUCGAGGACGUGGACUUCUCUCGGGCGCUGCGCGCGCCUUCGGUAGAUGCCGAUGACCAUCAUGUCGAUACCUUGUCGUCAGAGGUUGCGCUGCUCUGUCUUAGCGCGGCAGGCCGUGAGCCGCAUUACUUUGGUCCUUCAUCUGCCGUCUCCUUUUCACGCAUCGUCAGCGCUACCAUGGGCCUUGCUAGCACCGGUGGGAGCUCACAACAUAGCCAUGCAGGGCGGGAGAAAGAUAUCAGUCCCGAAGUCGUUCGAGAAGUACCGCUGAGGUUACCCUCACCAACGCUAAGGGCAAACUUGUCAGAAGCGUACUUUAACAACAUACAUCCUCAGUACCCGUUUCUUCACAAGCCGACGUUCCAGAUUUGGGAAGAGACCUGCCUGAAAGCAAGUCUUGACGGAGAUCUGAGUAGCGUCAACGGGUCGACAUUCUUCUUCGUCCUAAUAGCUUAUUACUCUAUGGCCCUGGAUCACAUCUCAGCAGUUCUGGAUCUCGAUAGCCUCGAGUCUAUUCAAGCAAUAUUAGCUUGUGCCGUGUACUCAAUCAGAUCACCUGUUGGCGUAAGCUUAUGGAAAGUAUCUGGCAUGGCUAUACGCCAUUGCAUUGAGCUCGGCUACCACCGAAGUGCCGAGAGGUAUCACAAAAAUACAGAUGCACUGACAAAAGAGAUGUCCAAGAGAUGUUUCUGGGUUGCGUAUGACAUUGACAGGGUAGUUGCCUUUACACUAGGUCGCCCAGUUGGUAUUCCAGAUGACUCAAUCGAUGUCGAGUUACCACUUGAUAUCGAUGAUGAAAAUGUGACUUCGGGAGGACUUUUGGCAGCCUCACGAAUAUCCAGCACAGAUCCACCGACACUCAUGACCGGCUUCAUCCACGCCAUCAAACUGAGACGUCUAUGGACAAAGAUCAGCGACAACCUCUAUCCACCCACAACUCGGCGGUGCGGCUGCGGACACACAGCGACCAUCGAGAGUCUCCGCCAAGAACUAGAGGAAUGGCGCGCAAAGACCCCCGAUCAGCUGAACUAUUCGAGAGCGCACCCACUAUCCGUCUUCACCUCUCGCUCUUGGUUCCAGCUCGCCUACGACCACUCGAUCCUCCUGCUCUACCGCCACUACAUGAUGGGCGGAUCACCCGCAAACCACCCCACGCCAGACGGCGGCGCCGCCGGCAGCGCCAGCCACGGAGGAAACCUCAAUGACAACGAAGCCACAGAGCGGGUGCUAGAGGAGUGCGCGGUGCGCGCGCGGGAAAUGUGCAUGCUCUACCGCCGCGUCUACCAGUCCUCCUCGGUCCAGUUCACCUGGGGCAGCCUGCACAUCCUCUUCCUCGGCGGGCUGACGUACCUCUACUGUCUGUGGCGCUCCAAGCGCGUCCGGGACUCGACGAGGCAGGCCGACGUCGUCACGACGUGUAUGGCGUGCACCACCGUCCUCAUCAUCAUUGCCGAGCGGUGGAACCUGGCGACGUCGUACCGGGAUAUCUUUGAGGCGCUGUCGCAGCGGACGAUUAGCAUGGUGUGCAAUGACGGGCAGAAGCCGGCGCCUAGUAAUGCUUCGUUGCCGGCGAUCGGGCCGGGCCCGGGGGCGGAUAUGCAUGCUGCUUUUGUUGGUGGUGCGGCGCCGUCGAUGCAGGAUUGGAUUAUGGGGUUGGAUGACUUGUCGAUCCCGCAAGAGUCUGAGUGGCUGGUGCAGGAGUUGCUUCAAGGUGUUCGGGAUUAUUAG